CCCUAUAUAUUAUACCUAAGUUAGCCUUCUCCAUUCAUACUCCUACUCUCUACUCUGUCAUCCCAAAUCUCUUUCCCUUUUUUCUUAAGAAAAAAAAAGAAAAAUGCCCGGCGCAACAGAAUAUUUGGGUGGAAAGCCAGCAGAAAGCAAAAAGGGCAAGAAGGUCUUUCUAGCUCUUUUCGCAACACUAGUUGUAGUCGCCGCCGUAGUCGGCAUUGUCGCCGGAGUGAAUUCCCGAAAAUCUCAAAACAAUGGUGACCUCAUCACCGACCCAAAAACUCACGCCAUACUAAAAAGCUCAUGUAGCAUAACAAGGUUUCCAGAGCUCUGCUACUCUGCCGUAGCGGCAGGUGGUUCCAAAAAGGUUUCGUCACAAAAAGAUGUAAUUGAAGCCUCAGUAAACCUGACAAUCACUGCAGUUGAACAUAGCUACUUCACAGUGAGUAAGCUUUACAAAACCCGUAAAGGACUGACUAAGAGAGAGAAAGCUGCUCUCCACGACUGUUUAGAGAACAUUGACGAGACUCUUGACGAGCUUCACGAAGUUCAAGAAGAUCUAGAAGAUUACCCCAACAAGAAGUCGUUAGCCCAACACGCUGACGAUCUGAAGACACUACUUAGCUCAGCAAUGACCAAUCAGGAGACGUGUUUGGAUGGAUUCUCGCACGAUAAAGCUGAUCAGCACGUGCGAGAGGCUUUGCUCAAAGGCGAGAUACACAUUGAGCAAAUGUGUAGUAACGUACUUGCUAUGAUCAAGAACAUGACCGACACCGACAUCGCCACCGAGAGAAUGGGAGUUACCGGUACCGUUAAUGGCCGUAAACUCCGUGAAGAUCAUGAUUUUACGGCCGUUGACGAACACGGCUGGCCUCAGUGGCUUUCGGCGGCCGACAGAAGGCUUUUGCAGUCGUCUAGUGUUACCCCGAAUGUUGUUGUCGCUGCCGACGGUAGUGGGAACUUUAAGACUAUAUCAGAGGCGGUAAAGGCGGCGCCGGAUAAUAGUAAGACGAGGUACGUCAUCAGAAUUAAGGCUGGUGUGUAUAGGGAGAAUGUGGAUGUGUCUAAGAAAAAGAAGAAUAUUAUGUUUUUGGGAGAUGGACGAGAAAACACCAUUAUCACGGCCAGUAGGAAUGUUGUUGAUGGGAGCACAACCUUCAAUUCUGCCACUGUUGCUGCGGUUGGUUCAGGAUUCUUAGCAAGAGAUAUAACUUUCCAAAACACAGCGGGUCCCUCAAAGCACCAAGCCGUUGCCCUCCGGGUCGGGUCGGAUCUAUCCGCAUUCUACAAGUGCGAUAUGCUUGCCUACCAAGACACUCUCUACGUCCACUCCAACCGACAAUUCUACAUCAACUGCCUCGUAGCCGGCACCGUAGACUUCAUCUUCGGUAACGCUGCGGCGGUGCUCCAAGACUGUGACAUCCACGCGCGACGACCUAACUCGGGUCAGAAGAACAUGGUUACCGCCCAGGGUCGGACUGACCCGAACCAGAACACGGGUAUUGUGAUCCAAAAAUGCCGGAUCGGAUCCACAUCCGACUUGACCUCAGUCAAGAGCAGCUUCCCUACUUACUUGGGUAGGCCUUGGAAGGAGUAUUCCAGGACAGUUGUCAUGCAAUCGGACAUAACUGACGUCAUUGUCCCCGCCGGGUGGCACGAGUGGAGUGGAAGCUUUGCUUUGAAUACUUUGGUGUAUAGGGAGUACCAGAACAGAGGAGCCGGGUCGGGUACCUCGAGUAGGGUGACGUGGAAGGGGUUUGAGGUAAUUACAAGUGCCACGGAGGCACAGCAGUACACAGCUGGCAAUUUCAUUGGUGGUGGGAGCUGGUUGAGAGCUACGGGAUUUCCAUUCUCUCUUGGUUUGUAGAUUAUUUGUUUUAAUAAUUUGAUCUCGUCUACGUUUUUAUUAAUUAAAUUGUCCCCGUUAAUUAAUUUAUUAUUUGCCUUGUGUGGACAAUUUUAUUAAGGUUUUCUUAAGAUGCAAGUAUAGUAUGUUUAUAAUUGUUCAUUUUGUUGGGUAUCGGUAUUAAUGUACUUUAAUAUUAUUUAUGUUAUUAUUUUCAAAGUUUGAUUA